UGAUCAUUAACGUCAUCUAUGAAAUAAUAAUUUAGUCAUCGAGCGACUACUCGAGUAUAUAAGUGACAUAGUAAUCGAGUGUGAGCACGCAGUACAUUGCAACUUUGUUAUAGAAGAAACAAGUUCCCGGUCACGAUAGCGAUGCGUUCCGUCAGUGUCGUGUUGAUUCUCGUGGUGGUCGCAAUGGCGAGCUCGGCGCCCACUGACAGUCCUCCCCAAAAGGAGCAUUACGACGUAGAAAAAGCUGAUGAAAUCUUCGAACAAUACAUAAAGGACUACCAAAAGGAGUACAAGGACGAAAAUGACAAACAAGUGCAUUUCAAAGCGUUUGUCGAGAGCUUGAAGGAGAUCAAUAAGUUGAACGAGGAGAGCACAAGCGCCACUUUCGGUAUUAACAAAUUCGCCGACUAUACCGAGGAAGAAAGGAAAGGAAUGUUUGGUUUAAGAUUGCCAAAGCAGUAAAUAAAUAUAAAA